UAGGCCGAAUUUGAGGUUAGGUGCAUGCUUAGCAAACAAUUAACAAUUCGAAUUCACUGGUACAACCAUUGACGAAACAAAGUGAGAACGGAAAGUUACAUUCGUUAUUAAAGUAAAUGUCGGCUCAGAAAACGCGUUAAAAACUGAAAAUUUUCAGCGAUUUUGCCUAACACAUGUGGUCGUGAAACAGUUUACUACAAUGUUCAAAGUCAGUUGUGUGCAGAGGGGUAUACCUCUAAAAUUUGUCAAUUUAGUGGCUUGUAGUAUCUCUAAAUCAUACAGCUCUUUGGCUCAACAUUCGUCAAAAGAUCCUGAAAACAGAAUAAGUGAAAAGUGGGAUGUAAUGAGUGCAGUGUGUAUCGAAAGGAACCCAAUUGUGUCACGAGAACUGAACGAGUUGGAGACGAAAGUGGCAUCAUUGCUGGAAAGGCUUGAGCUGGAGAAUAGUAAGAAGUGCAACUUUGAACUGAAGUACCAAAAAGAAAAAGCUGAGUUUGAUAAAUUAAAGAAAACUAGUACACAGGUGGAGGAUGAAGAGGCAACAAUUCCAUCACAGGACUUCAUUGAUAAGAAUACCGCUGAAUUAAACAAUCUGCAGGCGGCUCCACGCACAACAGAGGCAGACAAGAACAAAGAUGUUAAAUCCUUAGACAGAUGCCUGGACUCUCGCCUUUUGCUUGUGAUCAAGAAAAAAUUAGGUAACAAGAGUUUGUGGCAUCUGCCGCAAGAUGUGAACCGUGAAGAUGAGACUCUGAGACAAACUGCAGAACGCAUCGUAAAAGAGACUUUUGGGGAUGGUUUGAAUGUGAAAUUGCGAGGUAAUGCACCCGCCGGUUAUUACAAAUACAAAUAUAAGCAGGCACCAGAAGAAACUGAUCAGCCGGUUGGAGCAAAAGUUUUCUUUUACAAGGCCAAAUAUCUAAAUGGUGGCUUCGAACCAAAGAACUUCGAGGACUUCCAAUGGGCGACUAUGGAAGAGUUGAAGACACUACUCAUUCCUCCGUACUAUAAAGAUGUAAGUAUGUUCCUUAUUGAUGAAGAGAGUAGGAACAUAGAUAGUUAAAAUAAUCUGCAAUUGGUAAUUUUUUUGUUUAUACGUGCUUACCUUGUAAAAAUUUAGUUUUUUGUACAGUUUUAAAUAAAAUGGAAAAAAUUAACUGCUUAA